AUGGAUGAGAACAAAUGGGAGGAUUUCAGAGUUGAAAUAAAACGGAAAAUUGAAGCAUUAGAAAUAAAAAAGAUAACGGACGAAGCCUCUCUGAACAAAGCUUGGCACAAAUUAUAUAUUGCUAUAAAACACUUAGCUGACAAACAUAUUAAGUGGUUAAAGAUAUAUAAUAAUUAUUUCAGAGUGAAAACAAAGAAGGCAUCAGAGCUAUAUCAAGGAUUAGUCAAGAUAAAUAAACUUAUAAGAAAUUUGAAAGAAUUAAAAUCACAUCCACCAUUUUCCUAUGAAGAAGUAACAAAAAGAUUCAACAAGAAGAUAGGUUCAUUAACAACGAAAUUGGGAUUAGAAAAUAUCAAGAUCAAAGAACAAGACUUCUGGAACAAAAACUUUAAACAGUUAGUAGAAAGUAUGAUAGAGUUGAAGAAAUCUAUACACGUAACGACGCAAAUAGAAAACAAUAGUGAAAUAAGAGAAGAAAUUAGCCUAGCAGUAGAAAGAAGGCAAAACAACUUUCAAACUAAUACUAAAAGAAUAAUAGAUAGCAUUUUAAAGAGGAAAAGAAAUAGAGUCACAUUUGACAAUAUAAUAAAAGUGGAUGAAGUGAUUACUGACGGAAAAGGAAUCAAAGAAGAAGUUGUAAUGCAUUUUAAAAAUUGGACUAAAUAUAAUCCAACGAACAAGGAGUACUGGAAAUUGUGGGAAAAGGAAUACGAUCCGGUUUUACAAAGAUUAUGA